GUAACCCAAGCUUUACAGCGUCACGGAGCAACAAUAAACAACAUGGCGGACACACUUCUAAUCCGUGCUUUGAAAUCACAACCAAAACAGCUUACUUUAUGCAACAAAAAUCUUGUAAAGAUACCGCGGGCUAUCGGAAAGUUAGAUUGUAUUUGUCAGCUACAAUUGAAAAAUAAUAAGAUUAAAAAACUACCAAAGGAACUGUGUCACUUAUUUCAGCUGCAAGUCUUAAAUCUUGGAAACAAUGACCUGGAUGAAUUCUCCCCCAUCCUACAGCAUCUCCACAGCCUUGAAAAGCUACAUCUAUUUGGCAACAACAUUUCACACAUAGACAGUUCUUCUCUGAACGGCUUCCGCAGUUUGACAUUUCUCAACCUCAAUGGCAACAAACUGAAGCAGCUUCCUCCUGAAAUCUGCAACCUGAUCAGCAUUGAGCAUUUGUCAAUAGAUAACAAUGAAUUGAUUGAGCUGCCCAUAGAGUUCUGUGCAUUAACAACUCUGGAGGAGUUUCAUGCAGCUGGGAAUAAACUGACCUCAUUACCUUUGGAAGUUGGGUAUCUAGUCAGCCUUGAAAAGCUUCACCUUCAGAGGAACAGGAUCAGAGAACUACCAGAGGGACUGGGCAAAUGCUACAACUUGAGAUACGUUGAUGUGGCUGCCAAUGAAUUACGCAUUUUCCCAACUGAACUGUCAAGCUUGCCAUUGAAGGAGUUAUAUUGCGAAGAAAACCCUCUGCUACAGAACAUGCCUGUGCACUCUGUGCAAGAAGAGGAGGUGUUGUCUCUCAAGGAGCUGAGCGCUCGAUACAUUAUGAAAGAACUAAAGGACAGCGACGAAGUAUCGUGGGAUGAAGACUCAUCAUCAGAUGAAGACCCUGAAGAAUGGUCGUAUAUGCGAAAGGCUAUACGUCAUUAUCCAGACAUCCGCACCAUGUUGGCUCAGUCAAGUAAAUGUGCAGUCUGUGGAGAUUCUUUCCUGAACACGUGGCUUGAAUGUGUGAAGUUUGUGGAUGCCAAAGAGGACCUCAAGUUGACCUCAAUCUCAGGCUCAAUUCCUGUGCGGGCUCUUCUCUGUUCAUACCGUUGUUUCAACGCUGCAGGGCACAAUUAUUAUGGUGUUGCUUUUCCCUGAGAAAAGAAAAGAUUUCACGUUAUUUUGAUGUCCCAUAAUUUGCUGCUUCUGUGCCCACCAGUGUAUUUACCUGCUACAGUCCAAUGAUAUAUAUAUCACUUAACUUGAAAUGAGAUAAUGCUUUGUUAUUUGCCGUUGGGUUUAUUUAUACACUACCACAUGUUUACUUGAACACAGAUUUCAUCAGCAUAACAAGCAAUGUUCUUAUCAUCUUUGAGACACAGAUUAUCUUUGUUUCCUGCAUCUAUACUCAAGAUGCCAAAGGAGUUUGACAUUUGCUAUUCGAGUGCUGGCUUUGUGUUACAUUCAUCUUUAAUUUAAAGAAGCAACAACAAUAUUUCUUCUUCACUUUGAUAUGAAAUUUGUAAAUUCAUAGGCCUACAAAGUUUGUUUAUCUUAAAGAUAAAAAUUUUCAAGGUUAACACUUUGCAGUCACACAGCCAGCAGUACAAAAUAAACCAUCUGGUCACCCAGCCAGGAGAGCGACUGCAAAGGACUUCUUGGGCCGGAUAAUUUUCUCCGGCGCAUUAUUGCACCAAGUGACUGCAAAGUAUUAAAGUUUAGGAGAUUUAGUCUUCAUGUGACAGGUUUUCAUUGUCAUCAAUGCUUCUCACCCUGGAUCAGGGUAUGGGUCACGAAAAAAAAA